UCCCUUCUCCUCCCCUAUCUGCAUUAUAUGCGUGUGAACCCGGAGAGAAGAUAAAGGAACACGCGGAAACUUUUGGUUGCCCACACUCCUGAUUGAGCCACACAAGUCACUGCGCGCAGUGUGAAAACAUCCGCCAAGAUGUGUUGCGCAGGUUUCCUCAAACUGAUGAUGUUCAUCUUCAAUGGCACCAUUUUUGCAGCAGGUGCCGCCAUCUUGGGAGUGGGCAUUUGGGUGAAGGUGGACAGCAAUUCCCUCAUGGGAAUACUGGACGGCGUGGAUGCCCUUCCGUCAGAAAUUUCCCAGGUGGCUAAUGUGGGAUACUUGCUCAUUGGCGUGGGCGCCGUGCUGCUCGUCAUCGGAUUCCUGGGCUGCUGUGGCGCCGUCAAGGAGAGCAGGUGCAUGCUGCUGACGUUCUUCAGUAUUGUGCUGGUCAUAUUCCUCAUUGAGGUCGCCGCCGCCGUGGUGCUGCUCGUUUUCAAGGAUUUGGCGGCGCAGGUCUUUGACGGUCUUGAGGCCGAAGUGAAGAAAAGCCUCGCCACCGAGUAUGGACGCGACGAGAAAUUGACGUCGCUGUGGAACGCUACCAUGGAGGGGUUCCAGUGCUGUGGAUACAAGAACUUCACCGAUUUUGACGACUCGCCCUUCCAAACCCAAAACGGAGAGAUUUAUCCAUCCCAGUGUUGCAACGGAACAUUCGUCGGCGAAACGUGCAGCCUCUCGUCAGCGCAUACCGCCGCAGAACUGCAGUUGGUGGACGGCUGCUUCGACAAGCUGCUGCAGUUCAUCGAGGAAAAUGCCCCCAUCAUUGCGGGCGUGGCUCUCGGAAUCGCUGCUCUUGAGAUUGCUGCCAUGGUGGUUUCAAUGGUUCUCUACAAGCAGAUUGGUAGCAAAGCAUGAUGAUCACAUUUUUAUUUUAUAUUGCUUGUCAGUUGUUUUCAAUGAGUAAAGAUGGUUCGGUCAAAACCAACAUAAACUGUGUUGACGGUACGUUAUCCAAAUCAGCAGUCAGUGGAGCUCGUCUGUCCUGCUGGUUCAAAAGUGUCUCAGUGAUUGACAGUGAUCUAUUUAUGUUUCAACGGCUGUCAGGAGUUGGUGCCAUACACACAGAAUCAUUUCACUCUAAAAUAACAAAAAUGUCACUUACAAUUCUCAUCCGAUGAGUUUAUUAUUAGUUUUUAUUUAAUCACUUGAAGAAAUAAAGUUGAACAUUCAUGUUCAGUUUACA